CGGGUAAGUACAGUUCAACCGAGUCGAGAGCUGAGGAUACACAGUCAAAAACAUGGCAAUAAGAUUUGUGGUGUCGCUGGCUCUUGUAGCCGCUACUCUAGCCGACCAGAGCUCUCAUGUGAGCAUCAGUCUUGGUGGCGCCGCAGCUGUGAGUCACCACAGAUCCCCUCAUCACUCACGACCUUCCUACCACCCACAACCUUCCUACCAUCCACAACCUUCCUACUACCCACAACCUUCUUACCACCCACAAUCAUCCUACCACCCACAACCAUCCUAUCAACCACAACCUUCCUACCACCCACAGCCAAGCUACAGUCACCAUGAGCCCGCCGUCCCCGCUUGCGCCGCCAACACCACUAAGCCUUGGUGCCUCGAAGACGCCGAGUACCCCACCUACGAGAUCAAGCACGCCGCUGAGCAACACUACGAGAAGGUCCUCUCCCUCUACGCUGACGUCGCUGACCUCAACACUGAGCUCUCAGUCAACCGUCCUAAGGUCCUCGAGGAGGAGACUUACCUCUGUCCCUCAGAGACCGCUUACGUCAGGCCUCUGCGUGCCCAGAACACCGAUGGCAAGUGGCGCGUCAUUGUCAACAAUGUUGAUGCUCAUUAUCAAACUCUCACCCAGACCACCCGCAUCGAGGAGUGCCUGACCUCCGGCGACGCCUGCCCCCUGGUGCCUGAGUGUUACGAGUCCAAGUGCCUGCAGAAGUCCAUCUACCACCGCUUCCUCGUCUACGACCCCUAUGAUCAGUACUUCCCCUUUGCCAUCGAGACCUUCAAGCUGCCCGCCAGCUGUGCCUGUCUGCUGGGCGCCUACACCAUCGACCACUAUUCAACCAAGUCGAGAGCUGAGGUUACACAGUCAAAAAACAUGGCAAUGAGAUUUGUGGUGUCGCUGGCGGUUAUAGCCGUUACAUUCGCCGACCAGAGAUCACAUGUGAGCUUCAGUCUUGGUGGCGCCCCAGCUGUGAGCCACCACAGCUCCCCUCACCACUCAAGACCUUCCCACCACCCACAACCUUCCUACCAUCCACAGCCUUCCUACCACCCACAACCUUCCUACCACCCACAACCAAACUACCACCCACAACCAAACUACAAUCACCAUGAGCCCGCUGUCCCCGCGUGCGCCACCAACACCACUAAGCCUUGGUGCCUCGAGGACGCCGAGUACCCCACCUACGAGAUCAAGCACGCCGCUGAGCAACACUACGAGAAGGUCCUCUCCCUCUACGCUGACGUCGCUGACCUCAACACUGAGCUCUCCGUCAAUCGUCCUAAGGUCCUCGAGGAGGAGACUUACCUCUGUCCCUCAGAGACCGCUUACGUCAGGCCUCUCCGUGCCCAGAACACCGAUGGCAAGUGGCGGGUCAUUGUCAACAAUGUUGAUGCUCAUUAUCAAACUCUCACCCAGACCACCCGCAUCGAGGAGUGCCUGACCUCCGGCGACGCCUGCCCCCUGGUGCCUGAGUGUUACGAGUCCAAGUGCCUGCAGAAGUCCAUCUACCACCGCUUCCUCGUCUACGACCCCUAUGAUCAGUACUUCCCCUUCGCCAUCGAGACCUUCAAGCUGCCCGCCAGCUGUGCCUGUCUGCUGGGCGCCUACACCAUCGACCACUAAGACCAAUACACCACAAAUCUCUCGCCACUGAAGAAAUGGAAAACGAACCUUUUUAUAAAAACACCUUGUGAAUCUUAGUCUUUGUAGUCUAGGAGCACAAGCGGGUGGUUCCCUGUGGCGGUAACACUACUGCUGCAGGAGCCACCGUCGUUGGCAUGACUUCUCAAACAUCGCGGUACGUGAAGAAAGCAGUUCUCUAGUCAUCUCACUGUGAUAACCACCAGAAAAUUUAAAACACUAUUUAUUACUAUAAAUAUAU